CCGCCGCCGCAGCAGCAGCAGCUGUUGGCUCAACAGCCCAACGUCCAGGUUGCGCCGUUCCAGGUCCAGGAGCAGGCCGGGCCCCACGCCCAGGCCCCGAUCCACGCGCAGCCCCCGCGCAAGAACGUCUGGAGGAUCUCGGAGGACGCUCUGUGCCGCGAGGACGUGGCCCGCCUGUGCCCCAAGCACACCUGGCAGAACAACUUCGUGGUGCUCGAGUGUCUGCAGGACGUGCGGGAGGUGGAUGAUGAAAUCUCUUCUGGCUGCAACCAUCUCCUGUGGAACUACAAGCUGAACCUGACUACAGACCCUAAAUUUGAGGCUGCCGCUGGAGAGGUUUGCAAAAGCACGCUUAGCGAGAUGAAAGAGUGUGCCGAGCAGGAGCGAGGGAAAGGCUACAUAAUUUCUUGUUUGGUCGAUCACCGCGCAAACAUUUCCGAAUACCAGUGCCGGCAGUUUGUUACCAAAAUGACGGCCAUCAUAUUCAGCGACUACAAACUUAUCUGUGGCUUCAUGGACGCCUGCCGGAACGACAUCAACACCUUCAAGUGCGGCAGCAUUCGGCCUGGUGACAAGGAUCCCCAUUCACAAGGGGAAGUGGUGUCUUGUUUGGAAAGGGCUUUGGUGAAUGACGAAGAAACGGUUGCUGAACCCUGCAAAAAGGCAAUCCUGCGCGUGGCUGAACUCUCCUCAGAUGAUUUCCACCUGGACCGACAUCUAUACUUUGCCUGCAGAGAUGAUCGGGAACGCUUCUGUGAAGAUAUCCAAGGAGGCGAGGGACGAGUGUACAAAUGUCUUUUCAACCACAAGUUUGAGGAUGCCAUGAGUGAGAAAUGUCGUGACGCACUCACAACGCGACAGAAGUUGAUCGCCCAGGAUUACAAAGUGAGUUACUCCCUGGCCAAAGCCUGCAAGAGUGACCUACGCAAGUAUCGGUGCAACAUGGAAAACCUGCCCCGUUCCCGGGAGGCUCGACUGUCCUACCUGCUGCUCUGUCUGGAGUCUUCUGUGCACAGAGGCCGGCAGGUGAGUGGCGAGUGCCAGGGAGAGAUGCUGGAUUACCGCAGGAUGCUGAUGGAGGAUUUCUCGCUGAAUCCAGAGAUUGUCCUGGACUGCCGCAGCGAGAUCGAGGUGCAGUGUUCAGGCCUGCACCGGAAGGGCCGAACGUUGCACUGCCUGAUGAGGUUGGCACGAGGAGAUGAAGGCACCAUUGGGCAGAAGUGCCAGCAGGCACUCCAGACCUUAAUUCAAGAAACCGAUCCUGGGGCUGAUUACCGUAUCGAUAGAGCACUCAAUGAAGCCUGUGAAUCAGUCAUCCAAACAGCUUGUAAACAGAUUCGCAAUGGUGAUCCUAUGAUUCUGUCGUGUCUAAUGGAGCACCUGUACACUGAGAAGAUGGUGGAGGAGUGUGAGCAUCGCUUGCUGGAGCUGCAGUACUUCAUCUCUCGCGACUGGAAACUGGAUCCCAUUCUUUAUCGAAAAUGCCAGGGUGAUGCCGCCAGGCUGUGCCAUACCCACGGUUGGAAUGAGACCAAUGAGAUGCUGCCCCCCGGAGCAGUGUUUUCUUGCCUGUAUCGUCAUGCCUACCGAACAGAGGCACAGGGCCGCAGGAUCACAAUAUUGAAUAAUGGUGGGGGAGAGAGAGGUGUUUACACAUUAUCCCGGGACUGCAAAACCGAGAUUCAACGUGUUCUUCAUCAGCGAGCAUUGGAUGUGAAGCUGGAGCCGAUGUUACAGGAACGCUGCAUCAUAGACCUGGGGAAAUGGUGCAGUGAGAAGACCGAGGCAGGACAGGAGCUGGAAUGUCUCCAGGACCAUCUGGAUGAGUUGGGGGUGGAUUGCAGAGAUACAGUGGGGAACCUGACGGAGCUGGAGUCAGAGGAUAUUCAGAUUGAGGCUUUACUAAUGAGAGCUUGUGAUCCUGUCAUUCAAGGCUACUGCCAUGAGGUAGCGGAUAAUCAGAUCGACACCGGAGACCUGAUGGAUUGCUUGGUUCAAAAUAAACACCAGAAGGAGAUGAACGAGAAGUGUGCUGUUGGAGUUACACAUUUCCAAUUGAUUCAGAUGAAAGAUUUCCGCUUCUCGUACAAGUUUAAGAUGGCGUGUAAGGAGGACGUGCUGAAACUGUGUCCGAACAUCAAGAAAAAGGUGGAUGUGGUAAUUUGUCUGAGUACCACUGUUCGGAAUGACACACUUCAGGAUAAUAAAGAGCAGCGGGUCUCUGUGAAGUGUCGGAAACAGUUGCGUGUGGAGGAGCUGGAGAUGACUGAAGACAUUAGGCUGGAGCCUGAUCUGUACGUAUCUUGCAAAAGCGAUAUUGACAAGUACUGCCAGAAUGUACCAUUUGGAAAUGCACAGGUGAUCGAAUGUCUGAAAGAUGUGAAGAAAUUACUGGUUAAUCGUUGUCAUGACAAAGUCUUCAAAUUGCAAGAGAAUGAGAUGAGUGACCUCGAGUUGGAUUAUACCUUCAUGAGGGUCUGUAAGCAGAUGAUUAAGCGUUUCUGUUCUGAAGCUGACUCGAAAAACAUGCUGCAGUGUCUGAAACAGAAUAAGAACAAUGAGGCGAUGGACCCCAAGUGCAAGCAGAUGAUCACCAAGCGACAGAUCACGCAGAACACGGACUACCGUUUGAACCCAGUCCUGAGGAAAGCCUGCAAGGCUGACAUCCCCAAGUUCUGCCAAAGUGUUUUGAAUAAUGUUAAAGAUGGCAAAGAGUUGGAGGGUCAAGUUGUCUCCUGUCUAAAGCUCAAAUAUGCUGACCAGCGCUUAUCACCUGACUGUGAGGAUCAGAUCCGUGUGAUUAUCCAGGAAUCUGCCCUGGACUACAGGCUCGACCCACAGCUGCAGCUUCACUGUUCCAAAGAGAUUAACAAUUUGUGUGCUGAGGAGGCGGCAGCACAGGAGCAGACAGGGCAGGUGGAGGAGUGUCUGAAAAUCAACUUGCUGAAGAUCACAGGGGAGGGCUGCAAAAAGGAGGUGUUGAACAUGCUUCAGGAGAGUAAAGCUGAUAUCUUUGUGGACCCGGUACUUCACACAGCCUGUGCUCUCGAUCUCAAACACCAGUGUGCCUCCAUCCUACCUGGAAAGGGACGCCAAAUGUCCUGCUUGCUGGAGGCGUUAGAUGACAAGACAGUGAGGUUGCAGCCAGAGUGUAAGAGGAGAUUACAAGAUCGCCUGGAAAUGUGGAGUUAUGCUGCAAAGGUCGCCCCAGCUGAAGGAUUUGCAGAUUUAGCCUAUCAAGUGAUGACAUCUCCAUCCAAAAACUAUCUAAUGGCCUUGUUGGCGCUGGGAGUGUGUGUGUUAUUUCUGCUGGGGCUGACUUGUGGUAGGAUCACCAAACGAGUUACACGGGAGCUGAAGGAUAGGUAGAGCAAGGCAGGGUCAUGCCUUUGUACAGCCUCUGUGUAUAGUCUCCUUAAGUAAGAGCAGCAGACCCAAUCCGAUCCUUAAACUCUCUCACGAUUUGUUCUUCACAGAUUUCAACUACAAAAACAAAUGUGUGAGCAAACAGCUGCUGCAUCUGCUUCAGCAGGACUCCUCUCUUUAGUUUCCUGUAGACUUGGUUCCCAUUGUGUAUCUGAAUCAUGUUCACCCUGAUCAAACGUCUUACUGGUAGCAGUCUCAUCCAACAGAGAUUCUCACCAAUGGAAAAGGUAACUCUGCCAUAAACAGACCUCCAAAGAUUUGUACCCGUUCAAACAAGAUUGUAGGAUGUCUGCUUCAGCUUUGUUUGCGUUCUGUUUUGUUAUAAAGCUAACUGUACAAAACCCUACUUUCUUUCGCCGGUUAGAUUAAUCUCUUUGAGUUUUCUUUUGUGUGGGAGAGGGGUGAUGGGUGGUGAGCAUUGUCCUGCAUUAUAAGUCAUUGUCCGUCAUGUUUCCAGAUGUUAUGCGAUGUUGAGCCGUAAUGGUUAGAAGAAUGUUUCUGUGUGGCAGUCCCUGAGCUUGCAGGCAUUAAGGUUAAAAUUAACAUACUUACUAAAAAAAUUUUUAGCAUAAGGUCAAUUCCUAAUCUCUGUCGUCUUCAUCUUGUGCUUUGACAGUUCAGUCACAUAGUUGGCACCAGUUCACUUGUGCUACCUGGCAACAGGUUUCACAUUUCGUCUUUCUCAAUUGAAUGAAAAGGGAUCUUAAGGGACCAUCCGCUAGACUGGGCUCUGACUGUACAAACGGGUUUAUUUUUUUCCUCCUGUGAGCAAAUGAAGGUCAUGAUACGUUUCUUCCUCUGACAAGAUAGUGUAUCCCUUGUGAACCUAUAAUUUCUGUGUAAUCUGUAUUGGUGUGCGAUUUCUCACUUGCAUUCUGGCCACCAUGGUGUUGUGGGAUGAAAGCCCAACUGGCAGAAAGCUAGGCAUGAAAUUGUCAAGUUUAAGGUUAGUAGAACGAGUGAAUAUAAAAGUUACACACACACAGUGAUCCAUAACGAGGUCACGGACAAAUUCAGCGUUAAAACUUCCAUUCUGUACACUGAAUGCUAAUAUCUGAGAAGAAGCAACACUGAUUAAAAUAAAAACACACACACACAGGAACAAAUCCCGUGGCUGCGUUUUUUCAUUUUUGAAAGAAUUAUUUUUUUUGAACAAUUUCCAAACUUGCUCGUUGCCAGGAGCCCUUUUUCCGUAAACAAAUCUACACGAUCAGAAAUACAUAGUUAAUUUACACAAAAAGGAACUGGUGCUUGUCCCUUUCAGUUGGUCAUUGAGGGAAUCUCUUUUGGAUGCUAAAGCAGUGACCAGCACCAUUCCACUCUGUUGUAAAUCUACCCAUCGUCCUCAACACACGCUUCUGAACAGCAUUCACAAUAUGUACAUUUUUAAUACCGAUCUACUGCUAACAGAAGUCUCAUGCACAUUUUUUAAAAAUUAAAUCAUAGCCUUAUUUAUUGUUUACUAAUAAUCUCUAGCAGGGUCAUGGCCUGUAAUCAUGGACUCUUUCUGUUGCCUUCGAUUUAGUUCUGGUGUGGAUUUCCCUGGUCACGGCUUGGUGACUGUCAUUGUGCGGAGGGGCUGGCCUGCAUGUUGCAGACUUGGGAUUAUGCGUCUUUUUUUGUUUUCUUUUCAUUUCCUUUGUGUUAGGGGUGUUUAAAUUUUUUUAAUACAGAAUAUCUGUAGUGAAAUUGUGUACAGUGAGACUCCAAGCCAUUGGCGCCCUGUGUGUUGUACAGACAAACACAAAAAAAAUCGUGCGUUGUACUGCUAUAGGUGUCAAUGUCACUUUGAAGUAAAAAAUUUACAAACUUGACAAUUUUCGAACUGUCCAGUUUUGUAAAAAGAAAAAAAAAUUCUGUGUAUAAAAUCUGCUUCACGAUCGUACAAGAUACUUAUUUCAGAUCAUGCUGUGUAAUUUGAGAUGUUAAUGAAAUCCUAACAUACAAGCUUUUUUUGUUCUGUACAGAUGAAAUGGGAGAAUUUAUUAAUAAAAGGUCUGCAGGUUUUUAAAA